UUACCACAUAAUAGAACAUAUAGUUAUAUAGUAAAUAGCUUGAAAUUAUUACAUCACCAAUAUAAACCUUUUAAAGAGCUUAAAUGGCUGUCUCUAUAACGGGUUCGGUGCCCUUUUUAAGUUUUUCUAUACAACUAAAAGAUUUAUAAGUGGUAGUGAUGUAAAUGUGUUAAGAAACAUUACAUCACCACCUUAUAAAACUGUUUGAAGUGGGAGGUGUUUCCGAAAAGUGAUAUAAGUGUUUACGUUACUUUUGUGUAACUGUUUCCUAGUGGUUGUGGUGACUUCCUAAUUACUAACCUGUGUAACUACUUGAUGUGCGCAUGUUGUAAAUUCUGUUCAGGUUUUCUCUUUUUCUUUAACGGAGUAUCAAUUUAGUGGAGACUUGUUGUUUCUGUCUCGCCGCGUGAUACUUGGUGUACUAAUUGUAACAUGGUUCCCUAAUGUAUAUUGGCAUGAUGAUCUAUAUUUUUUACACUUGGUGUUUUAUGUCCGUUGGCUAAAAAAAUAUGCCGACUCCACUUUAUCGACUCAAAUAUCAUUAUACCUCAAAAAAAUUUAAGCGCCCUUAAAAUGUAAUUGUUUUUGAGAAAAAAUAUAGGAGAUUUAGCUGCUCAGUUUUCACCAGUGGCGCGUUAUUUUUUAGUAACGAAACAGUGCAUAAAUGUAUGUAUAUUGUAGUAAAUAACUACUUAAUUUUUUCUACACGAAUGCUUUAUUUGAACAAUAGUGUUGCAAAAUUACACCUAAGAUAAUCUUUAAAGAAUUUUUGACUCAUUCUCACCUUGUUCAAUACCGAAAAAAAACUUUUUAUUACAUCUCCUCUUUAGAUUAGCACAAACAUAUACAUGUGUUUAUACAUCUUCUAGUAGGUAUCGUUAAUUUUUGUAAUUUUCCACACUACAUAUUACAAAUCUCGUAAACGUUAUUUCCGUACGAGCCGCCUAUGAAAGUCAUAAAUGAAAUGGAAUCCAUUUUCUAAUACACGUGUGUGUAGGUGCUGUUAUAUAAAUUGUAGUAACCUUAGGUUACCAAAAGUUUUAACAUCACUGAAAUAUCACCCUUGGAGAUAUAAGAGCCACAGCCGAGACUUAUAUACCCGUUUUAGAACCACUAGAUCAGCUGUUAUUGUUUACUAUUCUUUCUUUCUCCCUGUAUUAUCUCACUGCUGACUGCAGGUACCGCGCGUACUUAUCUAUAGUUUCAGUUCGCACUGUAAAAUUUCCUCACAUUCUUGGCUUCAAUUUCUUCUCCGCAAUCUUCAUCCCACCAUUCUUAUAUAGCUACUGUCGAUGUGUAUACAAAUAUAAUGCCAUUUAAAAUUGUGCAGACCGUGGAGCCAGGGAGAAGAGUGCCUAGCCUCAGUGUAGUCCCUGCAGCAUGGGAACAAGGCAACAUAUUAUAUUGGCCAAACUCCAAAAAAUUAUCGUUUAUAAAAACUUUAAUCGAAGACGGAGAUUCUCAGCCACAGGAAGGAUGGUUGGUACAAGAUUGUGUGAAAAAACGAGAUAACCUACUCUCAUAUGCAGCAGCCGAACUAGAAGUGGAAGAAAUGACGCGCUGCACCGACAGUGAUGUAGACACACUUGAUAUGCCUACAAAACGUCGUAUUAAAAGAAAAGAAGUUCCUCAAUUUGACUAUAAUGAUCUACUCGAAAAAGGAUUGCAGCCACAGCAAUGUGAGUUACCAAGACAACCUACAAAUAAGAAAAUUAAUGUUUUGGCUAGUGUACCAAUUUCCAAUAAACUGCAACAAACACAUAAUGUUACCAGCGACGAUGAUUUACAUAUAUAUCCCACUACUAGUUCUAAUGAAGAACAGCAGGAACCCAUGGAAACUAUUAAUCACCCUGUACCGUUAAAUGAGGUAUCGUACAAUUUGUUUGAUAAUGAAUCUGUAAAAUCAAUAUUAAUAAACCAAGAGACUAUGCUAGAGCGACAAGAGAAAAUAAUCAAGGAGUUAGCUGUGCAAAGAACUAUGCUAGAGUUUCUAUUAAAAAAUGAAAAUCAUGAGAAGAAUUCCUGUGUAAAUAUUGCUCAACCAGAUGAGAAAGAAAACAGUAUAUUUCCUUUGAUCACCCCAGAAGAUGUUCAACAGUUUGAAAUAAAUUUAUUGGACGUUCCUUUUAAAACAAAGGUUGUCAACAGUUUGUCCGGGAUCUGUGGAACGUCUGGGAAACUUAAAGGCAUUAAUUGUUGUUAUACUCUUGUGGACAAAGUGUUUAAAAGGCAAUUACUAACUAAAUAUUCGUGGGCAGGGGGAAGUCGGGAUACCGAAAGUAAACUUAGUUUUAAAACACUCACUAAUGUUCGACAUUUAUUUUAUGAAGUUGUCUUAAAAGCAGAUCAUAAUAUUUCAGAACUUGAGGUAGAAACUUUUUUUAAAAGCGUUAUAAAGAACGCAAAGAGACGAUUUGAAUUAAUUUCAACGAAUAAACCAAAAAGAACUUCACAUUCGAAAGAUCGUCCUGUAAAAUUAAAUUAUAAAAAACAAAAUUUCAAUGAACAGCAAGUUGAAGAAAUAUUAGAAGAGAAUGAAGAAAUAUUAGAAGAGAAUGAAGAAAUAUUAGAAGACAACGAAUUUGGACUGGAUGGAAACGAAUGCAACGAACAAAAUUCCACAUCAUAGAAAGUGUUUAUUAUAUUAAAAUGUGUGCAGUAGGGGUAUAAAUACAAAUGAACCCACAUCAGACCUAAGUGCUACCAUUUUACAUUUUACACUAGCUAAACUAUACAGUUGAGGAACAUGUUCUUGCUCAUUACAUGCAUAUAUACAUAAGUAUGAAGAGUUAAUAGGAGUCUGAAAAUAGCUCUCCUGAUAUUUCAAACUAGAACCAUAAAUUGAAACUGUGCCAUCAUUAUGCUCUAUGAUAUUCUUUACACAUAUUAUUUUUUCGUCUGUAGUUA